CUGUGUGCAGUGCAGACACGCAACAAAGGAAGGAUGAGGUCCUCCAGUCUGUGUGUUCUCCUGAGCCUCGCAUUGGCAGCUCACUGUGACCCACAGUCAGAGACGACCGUGCAAGAUGAAAACUUUGCAGAGAGCUAUUUGAAGAAUUUCUUCAAUCUGACAGAGGAAAGAGGUACAGCAUCCAGACGAGGGAUCAGCCCUGUGAGCAAGAAGCUCUCUGAGAUGCAGAGAUUCUAUGGUCUUCAGAUCACUGGGACACUGGACACUGACACCAUUGCCAUGAUGAAGAAGCCCCGCUGUGGCGUUCCAGAUGGCAACAUCGCCCGUUUCUCCACGUUUGGAGGAAACCUCAAGUGGGAGAAGAACAGCCUUACCUACAGGAUUGAGAACUACACGCCUGACAUGUCCAGGUCAGAGGUGGACGACUCCAUCGACAAAGCGCUGCAGGUCUGGGCCAGAGUUACUCCACUGAGGUUCACACGCCUCUACAGUGGCACCGCUGACAUCAUGAUCUCCUUCGGGAGCCAGUCACAUGGAGAUUAUUACCCCUUCGACGGCCGUGACGGCACUCUGGCUCAUGCCUUCGCUCCAUCUAAUGGCAUCGGAGGAGAUGCUCAUUUUGACGAGGAUGAAGACUUCACCUUCCGCUCCAACAGAGGAUACGUCCUCUUCAUGGUUGCAGCCCAUGAAUUCGGUCAUUCCCUGGGCUUGUCUCACUCUGAUGACCCCGGUGCUCUCAUGUAUCCCACGUACACAUACAGAAACCCUGAGACCUUUGUUCUGCCCCGGGACGAUGUCAACGGCAUCCAGUCUCUCUAUGGUCCAAACACUGAGAAGGAUCCGUCUGUAGCUGAACCUCCACCUCCCACCACCCCUGACGCCUGUGACUCAACCAUGGUGUUGGAUGCUGUCACCACCCUGCGAGGAGAGAUGUUCUUUUUCAAAGACAGUUUUUUCUGGCGCAGCUAUCCACAGAGCAACACGCCUCAGCAAAGCCUCAUCACCAGCUUCUGGCCCAGUGCUCCGGUCAAUAUUGACGCUGUUUUCGAGAGCAGGCAGUCGGACCGAAUCUUUUUCUUUAAAGGUCAGAAAGUGUAUGCCUUCAGCGGCUACAGACCAGAGCGGGGCUAUCCAAAAAAACUGACCAGAUUUGGUUUUCCGAGAAACGUGAGGAAAAUCGAUGCUGCCCUCUAUGACGUACACUCAGGCAAAACUCUGUUCUUUGUGGACAACAAUUACUACAGUUAUGAUAAUGCCAGACAAUCUAUGGACCAGGGAUUCCCCAAACGUAUCGAUCAGACCUUUUCUGGACUCAACAAGGUGACUGCAGCUUUCCAGUACCGAGGCUUCACUUACCUCUACAGUGGACCCUAUAUGUUUGAGUAUGACCUGAAGUCUGGAAGGUUGUAUCGUGUGUUGAGGAACAGCUACUUCCUACGUUGCUGUACCAUCAUCACCUUUGGCAGGUUGGUCUUCUUCGGCAGCCGCGGGACGUACGCCCUCUGCUGGGCUUUUUUUGAUGAGGUCAGAGGUCAGGAUGGAAGGCGGAAAGACUCCACAGUGGACCGCGGAGUCACAGAGGGUCAAUCUGAUGCUCAUUCUGUGGUCAUGAACAAUUUAAACAUUCAGGCAGAGCGUACACAGAGAGAGAAGCGUGAAGAAGCUGCAGUUGGUGUCUUCUCUGCGGUGGAAGAAGGCGUCAUGGAAGGAGCACUGGCUGUUCGAACGGUGAUGAUAGUGGUGGUUGCAGCAUUUUGUGGAGCUGUGCCCACCACUGCACCCAGCCAAGAAGAGCUCGCUAAAGCCCAGGAAUAUCUGUCUCAGUUUUUCUCUGAUGUGGGUGUCACUGCACCCAAAACUGUGCGGCGCAGCUCCCUCGACUCCUUUGACGACACUCUGAGAAGAAUGCAAAAGUUUUUUGGCCUGGACGUGACAGGGCACUUGGACUCCGGCACAAUGAAAGUGAUGUCUCAGCCCCGCUGCGGUUUCACAGACGCGGCCCGCUACAGCCACUUUGCUGGUCAACCAAAGUGGGAAAAGUCUGUGGUCACAUACAGGAUAGUUAACUACACACCAGACUUGAGUCAAGAGGAAGUGGAUUCCGCCAUAGACAAGGCUCUGAAAAUCUACAGCGACGUCAUUCCUCUGACUUUCAAGAAAAUCCCCAGUGGCACCGCUGACAUUAUGAUCUCUUUCAAGAGUGGAGACCAUGGAGACUUUGCUGCAUUUGAUGGGGUGAGUGGAGUGUUGGCCCAUGCAUUCUCCCCUGGAGAAGGCCACGGAGGUGACACCCACUUUGAUGAAGAUGAAACCUGGACUCUUACCUCAGCAGGAUCCAAUCUGUUCUUGGUGGCAGCCCACGAGUUUGGCCAUGCAAUGGGAAUGGCCCACUCUCAGGUGGAGACGGCCCUGAUGUAUCCCUUAUACACAUAUGAGAACACAGAUGGUUACAAGCUGCCCGAUGACGACAAACAGGGAGUACAAGCUAUCUAUGGAAUCCGACCCACAACAUCACCAACUGAAGAGACAACUCUACAGCCUACUAAAAGACCUGAGCCAAAACCAGAACCUGAACCAGACCCUGAACCUUCACCAGAUCCUGAACCUACACCAGAUCCCGAACCUUUACCAGACAGGUGCAGCAGGGACCUGGUUUUUGAUGCUGCAACCUCCAUUGGGAGAGGUCUUUACUUCUUCAAAGAUGGAUAUUUCUGGAAGAAGAGCAGCUCCUGGGACGGCAUCAUAAUGAAGCAAAUUCAGUCUGUCUGGCCUGAAAUCAGCCACGUUGAUGCUGCUUAUGAGUAUAAGAAUACUGUCGUUGUUUUUGAAGGGGACCAUUACUGGAAGAUCAGUGGAAACGCUGUCCAAGCUGGUUAUCCCAAACCUCUCAGAGACUUUGGCUUCCCUCCACAUGUCAAUAAGAUAGAUGCUGCAGUUCAUGAGCCAUUCACAGGCAAAACCCUCUUCUUUGUGAAAAGGAACAUAUGGCGCUAUAGUGAAAGUGGGGAAAGGAUGUAUUCUUCGAACCCAAGAUACAUAAAGGUAGAGGUGCCUGGGAUCACCCGUGUGGAUGCUGUUUUUGAGAACGAAGGUUACCUGUACUUUUCAUAUGGAUCCACACAGAUAGAAUACGACUACACGCGAAGACGAACCAUCCGCACUCUGUCAAACAGUGACUGGAUGGAUUGCGAAUAAAGAAACAACAACGCACAUGGUCAGCACGGCUGUAACGAUCCAUCACAUUCGUUUCACCGUACUGUCACAUUGAGACACACAUGUACACAAACAUUAAGUAUGCAACAAAGCAAUGGCCUGUACCAUUAACUCCUCACGAGUUAUUGUAGCAUCGAAGAAGAAAUCUGCUGCACACAAGUAGAAUAAUCAAAUAUUAUGAAAAAAUGUGUAAUGCUUUAAGCUUGUUUUUUUAGCUACUUUUUUGAUAUACAUCAAUAAACAUGAUUCACGAUUA